GAUACAUGGGGGCAAUUACAGGAAUUAGUGAUCUUGAUGCUGUCCGUUGGCCAAACUCACAUUGGCGGUCUGUGAAGGUUGGCUGGGAUGAAUCAACUGCUGGAGAGAGGCAGCCAAGGGUGUCACUUUGGGAGAUUGAACCCCUGACAACUUUCCCGAUGUACCCUACUCCUUUUCCACUCAGACUGAAGCGACCGCGGCCAACAGGCUUGCCUUCUCUGCAUGGUGGUAAGGAUGAUGACUUGACUUCCUCGCUCAUGUGGCUUCGAGAUAGCGCAAACCCUGGUUUCCAGUCGCUGAAUUUCAGCGAUGCUGCAAAUGCAACCUCAGUUUCGGCAGCAGUCAUACCUUCAAAACAUCAAUGGGGCCACGAUCCAGGGCCAGCUCAGUCCGAGUUCCUUCAACAGCAGCUCCAACGGUGCCAGUCCUUCAAUGAGAAAAAGCCACAGCUUCUCCAACAGCAAGAAUCAAAUCAGCAGCAAUCGCAUAGAAGGAACUCAAACUGA